UCGAGUAGACCCUGUCGUUGUGAGAAUUCUUAAUUCAUGAGUUGUAGGGAGGGACUUAUGUCACCACAAACAGAAACUAAAGCAAGUGUUGGAUUUAAAGCUGGUGUUAAGGAUUAUAAAUUGACUUACUACACCCCGGAGUACGAAACCAAGGAUACUGAUAUCUUGGCAGCAUUCCGAGUAACUCCUCAGCUCGGGGUUCCGCCUGAAGAAGCAGGAGCUGCAGUAGCUGCGGAAUCUUCUACUGGUACAUGGACAACUGUUUGGACUGAUGGACUUACCAGUCUUGAUCGUUACAAAGGACGAUGCUAUCACAUCGAGCCCGUUCCUGGGGACCCAGAUCAAUAUAUCUGUUAUGUAGCUUAUCCAUUAGACCUAUUUGAAGAGGGUUCUGUUACUAACAUGUUUACUUCCAUUGUGGGUAACGUAUUUGGUUUCAAAGCCUUACGCGCUCUACGUUUGGAGGAUCUACGAAUUCCCCCUGCUUAUUCAAAAACUUUCCAAGGUCCGCCUCACGGUAUCCAAGUUGAAAGGGAUAAGUUGAACAAGUACGGUCGUCCUUUAUUGGGAUGUACUAUUAAACCAAAAUUGGGAUUAUCCGCAAAAAAUUACGGUAGAGCGUGUUAUGAGUGUCUACGCGGUGGACUUGAUUUUACCAAAGAUGAUGAAAACGUAAACUCACAACCAUUUAUGCGCUGGAGAGACCGUUUUGUCUUUUGUGCCGAAGCAAUUUAUAAAGCACAAGCCGAAACUGGUGAAAUCAAGGGGCAUUACUUGAAUGCGACUGCAGGUACAUGCGAAGAAAUGAUUAAGAGAGCUGUAUUUGCAAGGGAAUUAGGGGUUCCUAUUGUAAUGCAUGACUACUUAACAGGAGGAUUCACCGCAAAUACUACUUUGUCUCAUUAUUGCCGCGACAACGGCCUACUUCUUCACAUUCACCGAGCAAUGCAUGCAGUUAUUGAUAGACAGAAAAAUCAUGGUAUGCAUUUCCGUGUAUUAGCUAAAGCAUUGCGUAUGUCGGGGGGAGAUCAUAUCCACUCCGGUACAGUAGUAGGUAAGUUAGAAGGGGAACGCGAAAUAACUUUAGGUUUUGUUGAUUUAUUGCGCGAUGAUUUUAUUGAAAAAGAUCGUUCUCGCGGUAUCUUUUUCACUCAGGACUGGGUAUCCAUGCCAGGUGUUAUACCGGUGGCUUCUGGGGGUAUUCAUGUUUGGCAUAUGCCAGCUCUGACCGAAAUCUUUGGAGAUGAUUCCGUAUUACAAUUUGGUGGAGGAACUUUAGGACAUCCUUGGGGAAAUGCACCUGGUGCAGCAGCUAAUCGUGUGGCUUUAGAAGCCUGUGUACAAGCUCGUAACGAAGGGCGCGAUCUUGCUCGUGAAGGUAAUGAAAUUAUCAAAGCAGCUUGCAAAUGGAGUGCUGAACUAGCCGCAGCUUGUGAAAUAUGGAAGGAGAUCAAAUUUGAUGGUUUCAAAGCGAUGGAUACCAUAUAAAAUAAAAAAAAAAGCAAAAUAGAAAGAGAAAAAAUAAGUUAAGAAAUGCAGUAAUUCUUCUUUAUUCCUCUAAUUGAUUGCAAUUCAAUUCGGCUCAAUCUUUUCUAAAAAAAAAAAAGACUGAGCCGAAUUGAAAUAGAUCUUGAUACGAUCAUGAGACUUGACAAAUCGAGAUUCUUCUAUUCUAUAUAUCUAGAAUAUAGAAAGGUAUAAUACAAUAAACAAAUAUAAAUCAAAAUAUAGUAUUAUCGUACGAUAAUGGAAUCAAAUACGCAGUAUUUACAGAAAAGAGUCUUCGUUUAUUGGGAAAGAAUCAAUAUACUUUUAAUGUCGAAUCGGGAUUCACUAAGACAGAAAUAAAGCAUUGGGUCGAACUCUUCUUUGGUGUUAAGGUAGUAGCUGUGAAUAGCCAUCGACUACCCGGAAAGGGUAGAAGAAUGGGACCUAUUCUGGGACAUACAAUGCAUUACAGACGUAUGAUCAUUACCCUUCAACUGGGUAUUCUAUUCCACUUCUACUUUUUAAAUUAAAGGGUAUUCUGAAAGAGGUAUUUCUUUUAUUUUCACAAUAGCUUUCUUUUGAAUCCAAUUUCAAGUUCGAUUAGAAGGAUAGAAAGGCGAUGAGAAUGGGAAAAGAAAAAUAAAAUAUUUUAUUUUAAUGAGUUCCCCUUUUGAGUUCCCCUUUUUUGCAAUUUUCUUAUUAUCAAUUCCAUUCAUUUAUUUUAUAGAAUACUUUUUUAUUCUAUAUCUAUAAAAAAUCUUUAUUUUGUAAACUAAAAAAUACAAUAGUCAAUAUUCCUUAUAAUAGAUAUACUUAAUUAUAUCAUAAGAAUCUUAAGAUAUAUUUCGAAUAGAUAGAAAUAGUAAAUUUGAAUUGAGACACAUAUUCUAUGACAGAUUUUAACUUACCCUCUAUUUUCGUACCUUUAGUAGGCUUAGUAUUUCCGGCAAUUGCAAUGACUUCCUUAUUUCUUUAUGUGCAGAAAAAUAAGAUUGUCUAGAAACGACGGGGCCAAAUUUUCUCAAUGUAUUUCCAGGAUCAUAAUACAGAUAUUUUUUUGUGUAAGUACUAUAAUAUGAUAGGGUAUGUAGCUCUUUCUACACACAAAUGAAAAACGUCUAUGGAUGCAGAUAUAAGCUACGAGCAUAAAUGCAUGCAUAUGCGUAGCCGACUAUAGCGAGUUUUUUUUUUUAAGUGGAUCCACUAAUUUUUUUUGAAUAGAAAGUCAAUGUAUCUAACCAAUUAUUUCACAGGAGUACUAGCUACUGAAGGCUAUUUCAGAAUCAAAAAAAGUAAAGUAAAAAUCAUUUAGCUUAUUCUCUCAAUUUCAAUUGACCGCUACUGGAUUUAGUAUAUCUAAUAUGAAUUGGCGAUCAGAACACAUAUGGAUAGAACUUCUAAAAGGUUCUCGAAAAAGAGGUAAUUUUUUCUGGGCCUGUAUUCUUUUUCUAGGUUCAUUAGGAUUCUUAGCGGUUGGGGCUUCCAGUUAUCUUGGUAAGAAUAUGAUAUCUGUACUUCCAUCUCAACAAAUUCUUUUUUUUCCACAGGGGGUCCGUGAUGUCUUUCUACGGAAUCGCGGGCCUAUUCAUUAGCUCCUAUUUGUGUGCACUAUUUUAUGGAAUGUAGGCAGUGUGUUAUGACCGAUUCGAUAGAAAAGAGGGAAUAGUGUUGCAUUUUUCGUUGGGGAUUCCCUGGAAUAAAAAACGUCGCAUCUUCCUUAAUUCCUUGUGCGGGAUAUCCAAUCAAUUAGAAUUCAGGUUAAAGAGGGUCUUUAUCCUCGUCGUAUCCUUUAUAUGGAAAUCCGGGGCCAGGGGUCAUUCCCUUUGACUCGUACUGAUGAGAAGUUUUUUAACUCCACGAGAAAUUGACAAAAAGCUGCCGAAUUGGCCUAUUUCUUGCGUGUACCAUUGAAAGUAUUUUGAGUAACCAAUUGCAAUUUUUUUUGCAAUUGUAAAGGGGAUUUUCGGUAUUAUCUAAAGUAAAGGAAGGAACAAACGAGGAUAAGAGAAAAUUGCUUCGAAUUUGUUUUGUCCAAGUGAGAUAUAUGGCAUACUAUUCUUCCAUUUUUAUACGAAAGGCCUUUUUUUAUUUCUCUAUUCCACUCCAUUUAGAUCUAAGAAAGAACCCAAUACAAUGAAAUUCCACUAGUAUACAAAAAGAGAAAUAGAUACAAACACAAGGUCUCAAACCUUGUUAUAGAAUUUUUGCUUCAAAGAAAAGAAAUAUCAUAUAUAUUCAGCUUACAGAUCAAAAAUGAAAAAAAGAAAGCAUUGCCUUCUUCUUAUAUCUUGUAUUUAUCGUAUCUUUUGCCCUGGGGAGUCUCUUUCUCUUUUAACAAAUGUCUGGAACUUUGGAUUAAGAAUUGGUGGAAUACCAGCAAUCCGAAACUUUCUUAACUGAUAUUCAAGAGAAAAGGAUUCUAGAAGGAUUCAUAGAAUUAGAGGAACUUUUUCUCUUGGACGAAAUGAUAAAAGAGAAACCGAAGACACAUGUACAAAAACUUCCUAUAGGAAUACACAAGGAAAUAAUACAAUUGGCCAAAAUAGAUAAUGAGGAUCAUCUCCAUAUCAUUUUGCAUUUCUCAACAAAUAUAAUCUGUUUGGCUAUUCUAAGUGGUUCUUUUUUUCUGGGUAAAGAAGAACUUGUCAUUUUGAAUUCUUGGGUUCAGGAAUUUUUCUAUAACUUAAAUGAUUCAAUAAAAGCUUUUUUUAUUCUUUUAGUUACUGAUUUUUUUGUUGGAUUUCACUCUACCCGCGGUUGGGAACUACUAAUUCGUUGGGUCUACACAAUCUUGGAUGGGCUCCUAACGAGCUAAUUUCACUAUUUUUGUUUGUAGUUUUCCUGUGAUUCUAGACACGUGUUUGAAAUUUUGGGUCUUUUUUUGUUUAAACCGUCUAUCUCCUUCACUUGUAGUCAUUUAUCAUUCAAUUAGUGAAGCAUAAACUCACUCAUUUCAUUUCCUAAUAUUAAUCAAAUUAGCAUAUUUCUUUUCUUCCUUUAGAAAUAGAAAGAAAGCCCUUUUCCUUUUUAACAAAAUUCUUUCUAUUUCUACCUGCUCAAGGUAUUCAUCAUUCUAGUACAACUAUUGCAGUAGAAUGACAACAGACUCGUGUAUAGGGAACUAGAUUAGCUUAGCUACCUAUCUAAUUUAUUGUAGAAAUUCCGGGAUCCGCGAUUGGACAUGGAAAAUAGAAAAACUUUUUCUUGGUUAAAGGAACAGAUGAUUCGAUCGAUUUCUGUAUCGAUCAUGAUAUACGUAAUAACUCGCACAUCUAUUUCAAACGCAUAUCCCAUUUUUGCGCAGCAGGGUUUGAAAACCCGCGGGAAGCAACUGGACGAAUUGUAUGUGCCAAUUGCCAUUUAGCUAAUAAGCCUUGGAUAUUGAAGUUCCCCAAGCAGUGCUUCCUGAUACUGUAUUUGAAGCAGUUCUUCGAAUUCCUUAUGAUAUGCAGCUGAAACAAGUUCUUGCUAAUGGUAAAAAGGGAGGGUUGAAUGUGGGUGCUGUUCUUAUUUGCCCGAGGGAUUCGAAUUAGCGCCGCCCGACCGUAUUUCUCCUGAGUUGAAAGAAAAGAUAGGAAAUCUCUCUUUUCAGAGUUAUCGUCCCAAUAAAAAAAAUAUUCUUGUGAUAGGCCCUGUUCCCGGUAAGAAAUAUAGUGAAAUUGUCUUUCCCAUUCUUUCCCCCGAUCCCGCUACAAAAAAAGACGUUCAUUUCUUAAAAUAUCCCAUAUAUGUAGGGGGAAACCGAGGAAGGGGACAGAUCUAUCCUGACGGUAGCAAGAGUAACAAUACGGUCUAUAAUGCUACGUCAACAGGUAUAGUAAAAAAAAUACUACGUAAAGAAAAGGGGGGAUAUGAAAUAUCCAUAGUGGAUGCAUCGGAUGGACGCCAAGUGAUUGAUAUUAUACCUCCCGGGCCAGAACUUCUUGUUUCAGAGGGGGAAUCAAUCAAGCUUGAUCAACCAUUAACAAGCAAUCCUAAUGUAGGAGGGUUUGGUCAGGGGGAUGCAGAAAUAGUGCUUCAGGAUCCAUUGCGCGUCCAAGGCCUUUUGUUUUUCUUCGCAUCUGUUAUUUUGGCACAAGUUUUUUUGGUUCUCAAAAAGAAACAGUUUGAAAAGGUUCAAUUGUACGAAAUGAAUUUCUAGAUCCUGGGAUUUCUUACCAUCAAGUGAGAAAAAAGCCUCGAUUUCUGGAAUUCCUUAUUUCUAUCUCAUGCAAAAGAAGAGGAUCCAAGGCAAAGACGAGAACAAUAAAAGGAACAAGUCCUUUUAGGAGGAAUUGUGGGUCUUCUUAAUCCUCUAUUGGGCACAAGAAAAAGGCUUUUUUGCCUUUUUCUUGUGUCGAUUCUUCUUGUAUCGAAGUAAGAAUCAUUUUUCUUCUUAUUUGUUUUGUCAAAGAUUACUAUUUAUUCUUUAUUCGGGUCUGUCUUUUGGACUUCCUUUGCUUAGGUUCGGGCGCGGUAGUGGACAAACAGAGGGAAAGAAGGUAUGGCGGGGGACACAUUUCUUGUGAGCAAAUAGAAUUGCUUUACUUUUUGAAUUAAGUUCAACUUUGAACUUACAGAAAUUUUGUAAAAAAAAAUCUAUACCCUCCCAUGGAAGGGUGGUUUUGAUUUUUAGGCUAGUUGAGUAGUUUUGAUUAAGGUUUUAUUAGUUUAUUACUCUAAACUAAAUCAACGAUUUGCAGGAUACUUCCUUCAUGGAAUAAAAUACUGGAUCCUCUCCCCUCUUUCUUGUUGCUUCAUAAGAGUGAAUCCAUUUUAUGGGCGAAAGGCGGGGGCUUUAAAUCGACCGAUGGAUUGCUUCACUCACUAACAUCAUUAACAAACAAAGAAUAAAUGGAGGGAUUCCAACCAUCAGAGCAAAGGUUUUCUCUUUGUUAUUUUUACAAAUAGAAAUAGGUAACCAAUUUCUAGAUUAUGGAACAAAACCGCGUUAUAACAAUAAGAAUUCCGCGGGCCCUUUCCGCUCUAAUCAGAUAAAGGGGAGUAAGGACCCGCUAAGUUCCUACUUUUUCAUGUUUACAAUCUGGAUCCUCCGAUUACUAUAGAGAUGAACCCAAUCCAGAAUACGAACCGUAAAAGAAAACACCUAUUAAACCAAUCACAAGAAUACCAGUUACAGUACCUAUCAGCCAAAGAGGAAUUCUUCCAGUAGUAUCGGCCAUUUCCCCUACUUUCCUCCACAUUUUCUCAAGUGGUCAUGCUAGAGACAAAAACAGUCAUGGAUAGUUAUAAAGAUGGUAUCCUUCCAAAUGGGAUAAGAGAAUUCUUACUACUCUCUUUCUUUCUCUCAAUUGAAGAAGUAAUUGGAAAAUAAAACAGCAAGUACAAAAAUGAGUAAUAAACCCCAGUAUAGACUGGUACGAUUCAAUUCAACAUUUUGUUCAUUCGGGUUUGAUUGUGUCAUAGUUCUAUAGUUGGAAUUUGGUUUAUCGUUGGAUGAACUGCAUUGCUGAUAUUGAUCCCAAGAAAAAAACCGUGGGUACAGCUAAUCCGUGAACAGCCAGCCAUCGCACUGUAAAAAUAGGAUAGGUUCGAUCUAUGGUCAUUGGGGGCCUCCUAAAAGGAUCUACUAAAUUCAUCUAGUUGUUCUAAAGAAUCAAAACGGUCGGUUAUUAAUGGAAUUCCUUGUCGGCUUUCCGUGAAAUACUCGUUUGGUCGAGGACUUCCAAACACGUCAUAAGCUAAACCCGUACUGACAAAUAACCAACCCGCAAUGAAUAGGGAAGGUAUAGUAAUGCUAUGAAUAACCCAGUAUCGAAUACUGGUAAUAAUAUCAGCAAAAGAACGUUCUCCCGUGCUUCCAGACAUGCUGAGCUCCCAAAAUUUUUAUUCAAAAAAGGAAUUGAUUCCGUAAAAGAUGGGAUCCACCAGUAAAUAGAAAAUUACUGAUAUUUCAUCCUUGUGAGAUUGUCAAUUUUGUACCAAAGGUGUAUUUUGAGUAUACCGAAUUAGUAUAGCUAUCCUUCCUAUGGCACAGCAAUCCAGUUUUGCUUGGUCCCGAAACAGAAUUCCUUUUUUCUCUUUUUUGUUCCUUGUCUAUAGGAAAAUUACAUGUUAUUCAAGGCAUCAAUAGAACCCCACAAUUUUUUGGGUCCUACUUAUUUUCAUUGUCUUCGGAAUAGUAGAAUAAUUUAAUUUGGAAUAGCGGCCAAGAUCUUGGGAAAAUCUAAGUUAAUGAUUAAUAAGAUAAAGAAUUUAGGAAGGAUAUUCUCAUAUUGACGCAAUACAAAGAUAAGUAUAUGCAAAAUCGAUCCCUUUUUAGUUAAAGGAAUUUAAUUGGUUAGCAUAAAAUAAUAUCUAAUAAAUAGAAAAUCGAAUAGCGGAUAAUCCGUUAUGAAAGAAACGGAAUACAUUCUUUGAAGAAUCAAGAUUCGUAAUCAAUCCUUGUCUUGUUUGUUGGAUUAGGUCUAAUUUUCUUGACCAAACAGCAAGCAUGGAACUUUACAAGAAGAACUUAAAAGAAAAGGAUAAUUGAAGUAACUUUGAAUCCACUUUUGUUGGGGUUCAAAAAACGAAUAAAAAUAAAUAAAAAAAAGUAAAUUUUAGGAAUAGUUCCCUUUUUGAGGGGGCCCCUCGGGGGUCGUGGAAUGCUUUUCUUCUCCUCUUAUUCCAUAUGGAAUACAAUGAGUUAAAAUUUGCUCCAAAAAGAGGAUGAAAUCCAUCCUAUUAAAAAAGAAAUAAUCCGAAUCCGAAAUAGAAAGAAUUUUUUUUUUUUUUUUCAAAUUCAAUUCUUUAUUUAUCUUUUAUUCCAAAAUUCUCCCGAAAAUCCAAUUUCAUUUUUCAAUGGGGUUAGAUGAUCUAGUUCUUAAUAUUAUUAGUUUACUUAACUGACAGAUUCCACAACAAAUCUCUUGAUUCGGAAUUAGGGACUCAUGUUCCGUCUGAUGAAUCGAUUUUCUCUUUUUUUUACACUUCUGUAUCUCACUCUAUCUUGUUUUUUAGUAUUAUCUAAAAUAACCGAUGAAUUAUGAAUUUUCCAUAACUUAAACUUAGGUAAGUGCUUUACCAACAUAUGUAGUGUAGUAAAAAAAAUGGAAUUGAACCCCUUCAUGCUUACUAUAACUAGUUAUUUCGGUUUUCUACUGGCUGCUUUAACUAUAACCCCAGCUCUAUUUAUUAGCUUGAACAAGAUACGUCUUAUUUGAAAUGAAUUGAAUAGAAGAAUCUUUCUUUUGGAUUCUUGGUAUUCUAGACUCUUUUCCACACUAAUUACCAAUUCUUUUCUUGGUCAUUGAGAUUCGUGGGUAGUUUAGACUAUUAUUUAGAGAUAGAUCGUACCUCUUUUUUUAUCCCCUCGAACAAAUCGAAAUGAUUGAAGUUUUUCUAUUUGGAAUCGUCUUAGGCCUAAUUCCUAUUACUUUAGCGGGAUUAUUCGUGACUGCGUAUUUGCAAUACAGGCGUGGGGAUCAGUUGGAUCUUUGAUUGAGUAAUAUUUCUUUUUUGAUUGACCUCCUCUCUGGUCUGGAGGAGGUCAAAUUGGAGUUGCAAUUCUACUUUGUUUUUUUUUAAGUUAUUUUAGUUUCGACAUAAGAUAUAUGGAAUCACGCUCUGUAGGAUUUGAACCUACGACAUCGGGUUUUGGAGACCCGCGUUCUACCAAACUGAACUAAGAGCGCUUUCAAAACAAAAAAAAAAAGAAAAUCCUUUUCUAUUCCUAACGUGUCUCACGUCCGUAUAGUAUCCACAAAUUCAAGUUAUACCCACUUUAAUCGAUCUCCCCACUACUGCCCAUAACGAAGAGAGAAUUAAUAGGUAGGGAUGACAGGAUUUGAACCUGUGACAUUUUGUACCCAAAACAAACGCGCUACCAAGCUGCGCUACAUCCCUUUUCCAAAUUGUUGUACAAUGCCAUUGUACACAAUUCCUUUCUUGUUUUCCACAUCGUAAUUUUCUUCUAUUUCUUUAUCCAUAUAGAACUUUCUUGUCAUUUCUUGUUUUUGGUCUCAUAUAAUCAAGGAAGGGGUAUAAACUAAAAUCCAGUCAAAUUUCACCUAUAAAAGAAAGACUACUAUUCCUUAGUAAUGUAUAGGAAGAAGGGGUCAUCUUUUUUAGGGAUAGGAAAAUCUCGUCUAUACGGUUCAUUCUAUAUAUAUAUAAUAUUUAUUUUGUUUUUUUAGUUAGGAAUUUCGCCUAAACAAAAGAAAUACAAAGGAUCUUGGGCAAGAGUAUCUGAUCAUAUAUGUAUUCCAAUACGGAAGGAGGAUUUUCAAUGCGGGAUAUAAAAACAUAUCUCUCUGUAGCACCCGUGCUAAGUACUCUAUGGUUUGGGGCUUUAGCAGGUUUAUUGAUAGAAAUCAAUCGUUUAUUCCCAGAUGCUUUGUCAUUCCCUUUUUUUUAAUUCUAGUUAUUCCUAUGCGAGAGAUAGAAUUCUUCGUGACAUGACGAAAAUUUCCCCUUUUUGAAUUCUUUUUUAGUAUAUGAAGCAAAAA